AUGGCGCCGGCCGCCAUCAACAUCAAGCCGGUCGAGGUGCAUAACAUUGAGACGGCGCCCGAGAAGCGCCCGAGGACGCUGAAGCACCUGCUGCGCGCCAACCACGCCAACCACUCCAUCGUCUACCACAACUUGAGCUUUGACAACCACAUGGCCCAUAUCCUGUCCUCGGCCUACCUGCUCGGCGCCGACGCCGCCCAUCUGCACCACAUCUACGAUGUCGAGGCCUCGGAGCUGGAGCCCUGGAAGGAGUCGCCCAACGAGAUCCUGCUGAGCGACUGGCGCGACUACCUGGGCGACAAGCACUACCAGCGGGCCUACAUCGACUUUUACGAGGACCAGCUGGCGCUGAGGUUCAGCUACGACUGGAAGAAGCUGGUCGAGGAGUUCAUGUUCAACGGCAAGAACCCCUUGGUCAAUGGGCUGAUUGGAGGACUUGGCCAUCCUCUCAUUCAUCUCGGCUACGCGUUUGAGAUUGAUAACCGCGAGGUGGCGAUCGAGGCCCUGGCCCUGUCAUCCGUGCAGUAUGACUUUCUGCACAAGUACAUUGACGACCCGUCAUACACCAAGCCGUCGUCCUUCAAGAUGACGUCGCCGACGGAGCUGCUCAACAAGCUUGCGGCGGACGAGCGCUUCGACGGGCUGUUCAAGCGGCCCGGCUUCGGCAACAUCGACACCAUCUUCAAGAAGCACGAGGCCCUGCUGCUCGAGUACUGGAACGCCUGGGAGCUCGCGGACCCGACCAGGCAGUUCGAGGAGUCGCAGGAGGCGGCGGUGCGGCUGCUCGUGGCGACGGUGACCAACGGCACGCACGCCUACAACUUCUUCACAGUGCACCUGCUCACAACGAGCCACGCCAUCCGCAUCCUGCUGCCCUACAUCCCCGCCCGCUUCCACGCCAACGUCGUGCGCGAGUGGUGGCUGCUGGCGCUGGCCGUCUACGUCGCCAACCUGCGGCCGCGCAUCGACCCGGACAACGUGCCCGCGGACCUCAAGGGCAAAGGGUGGAGCUACGUCGAGGACAAGGCGCUCAGGGGGCCCUGGGCCACGGACGCGCACUUUGUCAAGGCCGUGAGGGCGAUGAGGGAGGCGGCGCUGACGUGGGGGGAUGUGCACGAGCAGUAUCUGGCUGCUGCGGUGCGGUUUGUGGACGAUUUCGAGGGCUGGGUCUUUGGAGGGUGA